AUGCUGCCCGACGCGUGCGCGUGGACGGACAUGCAGCCCGCCUCCCCCCGCGGGCCCGCGGCGGGGGAGCCCGCGGGCACCCGGCCGUCCGACGAGGAGACGGGGUCGACGUCUGGCGGCGCCAGAGGCAGCCCCGAGGCGAGCGCGAGCUCGCGGAGGAGGAGGUCCAAAAGGAGGCCCCGGGCUGGCGGCCGCGGCGGGAGCGCCCGCCGCAGCGCCGCCGCCGAGCAGCGGGGCGCGGCGCCGGCCCUGAGCGCCCAGGAGGCGUUGGAGCUGCGCCGGCAGCGCGGCUGGGCGUCGCUGGACCCCGAGAAGCGCGCCGAGGACCUGGAUAAUUCGGAGAAGGAAGGUGCUCUUGAGGUUUCUUGA